AGCCUUACAUAUAUUUUUAUUCCCAAUUUUUCUUUUCAAGAGAGUUGCAGCAUACACGUGAACUCUUUUCUCCACAAAAACAAGCAUUUCACAGCACUGUUCGUAUUUAACUCUGCGACCAUGACUGCUGCUGUCCCCUCAGCAACCACCAAGGGCCGUGUCCUGAUAGUCGGAGCUACCGGUUUCAUUGGUCAGUUCGUGACAGAGGCCAGCCUUAACUCCGGCCGUCCCACCUAUAUCCUCAUCCGCCCAAGCUCUGCUGGCAACCCUUCUAAGACCAAAAUCAUCAAAGCAUUCCAAGACAAAGGCGCCAUAGUCUUACAUGUUCAAACUCCUCUUUUUUCCCUUCUACUCUCUCCUUUUCCUUUGGAUAAUUGAUAUUUUACAUGUUCUCUUUCAAAACUUUCUUACAAACCCAUGAACACACUUAUUAAAAAUAGUCAAUCAUAUAAAUAGCAGCUCGAGUUUGUAAAAAUGUUUUUAUAAAAAUGUUUUAUAAGGCAAGCAUUAUGUUCUUACUAAUAUAGCAAUAUCACUCACCUUCAUUCGCCCUUUUUUAUUUUUUUUUUUAUUUUUUUCAAUAAACACCUUCAUUUGCUCUUUGUUUCUUUCUUCAGUACAAUAAGUGACAUAAAAUUGCAUGUGUUUAUAGGGACUGAUAAAUGAUAGGGAAUUAAUGGAGAAACUGCUGAAAGAGCAGCAGAUAGAAACAGUAAUAUCAGCGGUUGGUGGGGAGAAAAUAUUAGACCAACUCCCUUUAAUUCAAGCCAUGAAAGCUGUUGGUUCUAUAAAGGAACUUUGAGCUACUGCUUGCUUGUUUGGUGCACUGAGCAUUUUUGGAACAUUUUAGAUUUAUUCAGUUCAUUUGAUGUUCAUUAAGUUGAUUUAGAAUGUUCAAUGAUGUAGUUCAUUUCUUCAUUUCUCUCUUUCUUUCUUUUUUUUUUCCUCUAUAACAUAGAUUAAUUCCUUUUGUUUGUUUGUUUUUUUUUUUUUCUGUCUUCUUUCUUUUUCUGUAAUGAGGCUUAAUUCCUCUGUAUCUGUUCUUGAUCUUCUUUCUUUACUAAAGAAAGAAAAGAAGGAAAUAUGAAUCUCUUAAUGUGGUUUAAUUUUUCUGUUUCUUGGUAAGAAAGAAAGGAUCCAGUU